AUGGCCUCACUAUUAGGCGCAGGCUAUGACUCGAGCGACGAUGACGCCACUGCGCCCAACGCUCCAGCGACGACCGCAACCAAAGUCGUCGCGGCACCGGAAGUGAAUACAGAGGACCAAGCGCACAUGCAAAUGACCCUCGCCAACACCUCGUCGCAAGCCCUCACUUACAACGCCACGUACGAUGAUUUAAUGCGGCCAGCGCAGGGGCCCAUGAACCCUUUCAAACCCACAGGCCCAGGCAAUGGCAUCAAGCGCAAAAAUGUUCCGACAGGGUUCGCCGAAGAAGCAGCCAUCAGCGAGUCGACGUUCGCCGCGCAACAUCGCACGUUCCAGAGUCUAGGCUACACGCGCAACCCAACAUUGCCGGAUCAAUAUGUCGGGAAUAUGGAUAAUGUGGCGCAGUACGGAGGGCGGGAUGUUGUGCAGAUGAAACCCACCAAAGAAGCAUCGGCGGCAUUGCGAGCUAAGCGGCAAAAGAAGGGCGACUCCAGCAUUGUCGAGGGCGAGGGUGCAUAUCUGGGGCCCUGGGCGAGAUACCAAAAUCAGGAGCAAUAUGACGAGAUUGAGGUUCCUGAGGGGGAAGAGCGCGAGCUUGCCAGCGAUGAAGAAUAUGUCGAGGAGGACGAGCAGACUCUGGCCCCCGCGGCGCCCAUGCCGGCCAUGAGCAAGGAGGCCACCGAGUACCAGGGAGACACGUCCAGGGUGGAAACGACUGAGUUUCACGGCUCCGAGCAGUUCGACUACUUGGGCCGUACGUACAUGCAUGUGCCGCAAGACCUGGAUGUCGACCUGCGCAAGGAAGUGGGCAGCGUCAAGAACUACGUACCGAAGAAGCUGGUACAUACGUGGAAGUCGCACACCAAGCCCAUUACUUCGCUGCGCUUUAUUCCCAACUCGGGCCACCUGUUACUCUCCUCGGCUGCGGAUGGAAAGGCCAAGCUCUGGGAUGUAUAUCACUCCCGGGAACUACUGCGAACAUUCUCGGGCCACUCCAAGGCGAUUUCCGACACGGAUUUCCACCCUACCGGAAAGACAUUCCUCACAGGAUCCUACGACCGCCAAAUCAAGCUCUGGGAUACUGAGUAUGGGAAAUGCCUGGGCCGGUUCUCGACAGGCAAGACUCCACAUGUCAUCCGCUUCAAUCCGGGCGCCGACCACUCGCACGAGUUCCUGGCCGGUAUGUCCGACAAGAAGAUUGUGCAGUUCGACACCCGGUCCGGAGAGCUGGUCCAGGAAUACGACCACCACUUGGCAGCUAUUAACACUAUCACCUUUGUCGACGACAACCGCCGUUUCAUUUCCACCUCAGACGACAAGUCGCUACGCGCCUGGGAAUACGGCAUCCCCGUACCCAUCAAAUUCAUUGCCGAGCCCUAUAUGUUUGCGCUCACACGCGCCGCCCCGCAUCCCAACGGUAAGUACGUCGCCUUCCAGUCCGGCGACAACCAAAUCGUCGUCUACGGCGCCACCGACAAGUUCCGGCAGAACCGCAAAAAGAGCUUCCGCGGCCACAACAAUGCCGGCUAUGGGAUCGAUCUCAAGAUCUCGCCCGACGGCCAGUUCAUCUCCUCUGGUGACAGCGGCGGCUUUGUCUGCUUCUGGGACUGGAAGACCGGCAAGAUGUAUCAUAAAUUCCAAGCUGGCGGGAAAGAGGGCGGUGCUAUUACAUGUCUGGACUGGCAUCCGCAGGAAACUAGCAAGUUUGUCACUGGUGGUUUGGAGGGCGUUAUUAAGUAUUGGGAUUAA